GCCGCCCGGUGCACGCCGCGUGCCCGCGCGGCCCCGCUCCCACAGGCUUAUCCACUCGUCUGUUUCCUUCCCUCCCGUUCCUCCUGCCUCCGCCCUUCUUUCUCGCCGGCUUUAUAAUCCCACCACCACCUUUGCCGGAGCACAUCCAGCUCCAAACUUCUAAGUUCCAACCCGCCCGCAGUUCACAUCGAAGCCGAAGCCCAAGGGGAAAGAAAGAAAAGAUUGUGCAGAUGGCACUGCCGUCCGGGAUGGCCGCCUUCUCCGUCCGCGCGCCGGCGCCGGCGCCCGCGGCCCGGCCGUGCGCGGCGGCGGCGGCCGGCGGGGCCAGGAUGCGCGCCGGCGCCGACGGCGGGGGCGCCAAGUGGUGGGCGCCGCUGCUGGGGUGGUCCGGCCAGCCCGACUACAUCGACGCGCAGCCGGCCGCGGCGGCGGCGGAGGAGGAGGCGGCGGCGCAGCACCAGCGCACCGCGCGGAGGUUCGGCGUGCUGACGGAGGACAAGGCGCGGCAGCUGCGGCUGCGGAUGAUGGAGACGGAGAGCUUCCACGACGCCAUGUACCACUCCGCCAUCGCCUCCCGCCUCGCCUCCGCCUCGCCUGACAAGCACUAGCCACCGCCGGCGAGAAGCGAAUACCAAUCGCCGUGUAUAUACAUGCUUCUUUCCAUGUUUCUUCAAUUUGUUUAGGAUAAAAUAAGCCAAGCCUCGUGGUGAUGGUGGUGUUGUUAGGGAGUAUGGAUUAGAGGAGGGGACUAAUAUUAGCAUGGGGCCCCUCCCGACCCGAUCCACGGCCGCGACAAGCCUCCCAAUCCCGGUGUCAAUGAGCUAAUUCACAGGGUGUGUGUAGCCGUGUAACACUAGUUCUUGCACCGAAAUGUUAUGGAGAAAAUCCUGCCUGUAUGAUGCUCCGGUUUGUCCUGAUAACAUUUUUUUCUUCUUCGAAA